CGUCAUGGCAACGCUGUCGUGACUCUUCGCGACGAGCAAGAUGGCCGCCACAUGAGGAGUGAGAAAUAAAAGGAUAUUUUGUUUCCCGUAAUUGCGAGGUGUUUUGAGAAGAAACGACUCCGGAAAAUGGCCAUGGAACUUGUAAAGGCCUCGGAUCUCUCCGCUGUUGUUCAUAAGGCUAUUGAUAAUCUGCAUGAAUUGGCCACGGUCGUGCAGACCAAGAAAGAUUUUAGAGAGGAUGAAUAUGACGCCUCGAAUAUUGAAAUCAUCAUUGAAGCAUUACAGGAGAUGGAUCGUGACAGAUUGAAACUUCAUGAAAUGUUGGAGAGUGAGACGAUCAAAGCGAGUUCUUUGAGAUACCAACUCCAUAGAAUGCCAACACAAAUCAAAGAUGAAGUCCAAGAUGCGGUUCUUGCUGCACGCGACUCAAACGAGGCAGAGAUUCAGAGGUUGAAGGAUAAUUUAAGUCAGAUCAAUUCAAGCAUUGAAAAACUGGAAGCAAGAAACAAGGAAUUACUGAGCGAAAACUCAAGAUUAGAACCAGAAAGACACGAGGCACUGAACGAACACGAUACUGUCGUUGACCUGUUGAACCACAAAAUGGCUGACAAAGCAAGCAAACAAAUCACGUUGAAUGAAACGAGAGAUACAUUGCGAGAGACAUACAAAACGAUAAUCCAGUUGGAGGAAUCUAUAGUUCAGUUGAAAGAGGAUCUCACGUUGGAGAGAGAAGAGGCCGUUGAAGAGAAGGAAAGACUACAAAAGGCAGUGGAAGAUACUCGUACAAAAGUGAAGGAACAGAAGAUAGCGAACGAGGAACAAAGAAGUGAAAUUGAGAGCUUGCAGGAAGACCUUGUGGAUAGUGAAGCGCAGUUAGACGCUAGACGAAAGGUCAUUCGUCGUUUUGAAACCUCCAAGGCUAAACUCGAAUCACAAGUUGUUCAGCUAAGCCGCGAGCUUCAAAAAGCAAUAAAGUCGAACUCGAUCCUAACACAAGAGGGCAUGAGAGUUAUGAAAGCGCAUCAGGAUAUGUUGACGAAGCUGGGAAAUACCAAAGCUGGACUAGAUCAUGAAUAUAAAAAGCUUGAAGGCACCUUGACAAGUGCAAAAACAGAGAAUACUAAAUUGACUCUUAAAAAGGAAGCAAUGGACGAAGACUUCGAGAUCAUUUCAGGCCAGUGCGAGAAAUUGAAAGAGCAAGUUAAGGAGCUUGAACGAAGGCUACGGCGGACAAGAGAUCAGCUGCAAAGCAAGAGCGACGAAUGUACGCGCGUGAAAGAUGAAAACAACGAACUUGAAGAUGAAAUCAACCAACUGAAAGAAAGCCAUCAAGCCAUGUCAGAAGCUUUUAAUAAACGAAUUGAAGAGCUGAAGGCUGCGUUGAAAGGCGAAAGAUCGGAGAGAACAUCGUUACAAACAAAGAGAGACGGUGUAACAAAAGAAGCUGGUGAAUUUAAAAGUGAAUACAGCUCUUACAUGGUCAAGAUGUCCGACACUAUUCAGAGUGCGAAAAAUGAACAUUCAGAGCUCACGCAGAAGGGGGAUGAACUUCAACGAACAUUACGAGAAGAUGAACAGGAAAUUUUAAGCAAACAGGAACUCUUAAAGAACAGCAAGCAAUCUUACAUCGAAACUCAAAAGAAGUUGAGAGAUGAGCUGCAAAAAUUACAGGACUCGAUCAACAAAAUUGAAAAGGAUAUUGAGGAUAAACAAAGGACAGUCGGUGAUAAAACGCCUGCCUUUGAGAUUCUGGAGCAAGAGUUUGAAGAAAGUUCUAAAAAUUUUAGUGAAUUAAAACAGUCGAUUGUUGAUUUAAAGAAUAGAAAGGCGAGUUUGGAAUUGUCGAUAAAAAGAACUGGAAAAGAAAAUGAAAAAACACUAAAACCUGAGGUUCAUUUACAAGACGAGCUGAAAAAACGCCGCGCUGACGCUCUUCGCAUUAUGACAGAGCAAAAUGAGGAAGUCAAAAAUAUUGAGAAAGAAAAUUAUUUCUGUUGUAAAAAACUCAGCACUGUUACGAAGGAAAAUGAAAGGUUCAGAGAGGCCAUAGAAAACAUGGAAAAAGAAAUCAAAUUGUUGGAGCAGCUGAACGAGGCAAGUGGAUCACGCCAAGCUGAUCUUGAACAACAGGUUUCUGGAUAUCAAGCGGAUGUGUUGACCGCGAGAGACGAAGAUUUGAAACUUGAUAAGGCGUUUGCCGAACGUGAUAUUAAAAUCUUGGAAGAUAUUAAAAAGCUUCAGGACGAAACGAAAGGAAGAGAAUCGAAAGUCGACGGUAUUCACGUCAAAUUACAACACGAAAUUAGCCUUUUAGCUUCGUUUAUCGACGGCGUAGCAAACUUGCGUCCCAAAGAGACAAGUGCAAAGACAUCUUCAUAACGGAUAACAGUGUCGUCGAGAAAAAGCGAUGGAAAACAAGGUUAAUCUCCCAGAGACGAAUGGAACUACAGUUCACAAGCGACAAAAGACGAUUGAUGCAGUAAAC